GGCGCUUAUUAACUGGAUUGCUAGUAGUGAAAUCCGGAUGGUUGAAAGGAUUGGUUAAAGAAGGAAAAGUAAAAAUCAUUUAAUGAUAAAAAUGAAUUAUUUUGACUAUUUAAAGCAGCUGCACGAUUUAGAAUUAUACCAUGAUUUAAAACAACUGGCAAGCAUAUUGAUGACAAUAUGUGACAGUCAAUCAGAAACAGAAGUGCCCAGUAUUUCCCAGAAGUACCAAUGUCUGGUAUACCAUGGCAACGCCCUCUUUCACUUGGGGGAGUACACUAAAGCAGAGGAAACCUACAAGCGAGCUCUUUUGCUAAGAAAAGCUAUCAAUAAUGUCAAGGGUAAAACACCAGUUCCGAGUAUUGCAAGUAAUGAACUGACAUCAGAUGUGGAAGUGAAGUUUAAGAUUUAUCUUUGUCUGAUGCAAUCAAAGCAGUACAAAGAAGCCAUGUCAGUGCUGGAAGGUAUAAGCACCAGACAAAGAACUGCUAAGGUCAAUCUAGCUCUUGCUGACCUCUACGUGAGAUCUGGAAUGGACAGGUCAGCAAUCACCAGCUAUAAAGAAGUGCUGAGAGAAUGUCCCCUUGCGCUUGAAGCCAUAAAUGGGCUGCUGUCACUUGGGCAGAAAGGGGCAGAUGUUCAUGCACUUGUCAUUAGCUCUCUGCCACAAGGGAUUUCAAAGGAAUGGUUAUCUCAGUGGAUUCGAGGUCACUCUCUUGUGACUAGCAACGACUAUGUGAAUGCAGUAAAGACAUUCAGGCUAGAUACCAAUGACUGUCUCAAAGACAACGAGUAUAUGAUCACCAGCAUUGCUCGUGCACUCUUCCUUGAUGGGCAUUACAAGCAAUCCUUGGUGGCCUUUCAAAAGGCCCAUGCUAUUGAUCCUCUGCAUCUAACACACAUGGACAUAUACUCAUACCUGCUCUAUAAAGAAAAGAAAGGCCUAGAACUUCAGAGGUUGGCCAAUCAACUGAUGUCUGCCACAGUGAACGCCCCAGAGCCCUGGGUGGCUAUGGGCUAUCUGUCAUUGUACACUAAGAAAAAUGUCAGAUCUGUCUACUAUGCUCAGAAGGCUAUGACUAUUGAUUCCCUGAAUAUUGAAGCCUUACUCAUGAAGGCAACAGCUUUCCUGGAGCUGAAACAGAUCAAUGAGGCCACUAAUCACUUCCAUGCAGCCAUAAAGAGAGCUCCUCUCAGAUUUGAGGCUUAUGUUGGUCUGACGGAGUGUUAUACCGGGAGAGUGAGGGAGGCAAUAGCCUUGGCAGGCAGAGCUCUGAAGACUAUGGGUCCAAACUCUAGAACACUUUGGCUGUAUGGUGCAAUGAUAGCAAAAGAUCCACUAGCUUUAGCAAAGGCCAAGCCCUAUCUGGAGAAGGCCAUGAAGUUAGAUCCAACUCACUUGAACCCAGUGUAUGUGAUGGCAGAUAUUCUGAAGCAGGAAAAACAGUAUGACAAGGGCGUGGAGCUAUUGCGUGGCUACCUGGUGAAUCAGAGCACCAGCAAGCUGCACCUGUUGCUAGGCGACUUUCUGACAGUUGCUGGGGACCAGCAGGAGGCCCUAGAUCAGUACAACAAAGCACUUGGGAUUGAUCCGACCAAUGAGUUAGCCAGGCAAGGCAUAGAGCGUGUGGAGAACGGGGAGUCAGGUGCAGACAACACUUUUGAUGUUGAGAUGGAACACAGUGUCUCAGAGGCGGAUUUUGAUGGAAGUGAUGUAGAGAGCACCUGGUCAGAUGAACUUGGCUGAAAUUCUUUGAGCGGUGUAUAUAUGGACAAAACUGUAUUGAAGCACAGACAAAACUAUGAUUGCAGACUUGAUGUGAUGGAUUGAGACAAUCUCAGAACUUAGCAACAGCCUGUAUUGCUGUGAAAUCAUGAAUUAUUUAUAAUAUGAACACUGAAAUCAUUUCCCAAGAUAUCUUCAAAAUGGUGCUCAUCUCAGGCUUCAAUUUGAGAGACUAAAAAUUCAUUUCUGAGCUCUGAAUAUUAUUUCGUUUUAAUGAUUUCAUGGUGUUCUAAGCACUUUCUUGGUAUCAGAAAUUCUUGGAUAAGCAUGAUGUAUUUAUAAUAACUGCGUAUUUUGAAGAAAAAAGUUUAUAAAUAAAGAAUAAUUAUUCACA